AUGCAUCUCGUUGGAUGGCGUGAAUGCAAGAAGAGAUGGAAGCUCUACAUAAGAACAAGACUUGGGAGCUUGUGCCACUACCACAAGGGAAGAAAGGCCAUUGGCAACAAAUGGGUCUUUAAGAUCAAAAGAAAUAGUGAUGAUCAAGUGGAGCGGUUUCGUGCAAGAAUGGUGGUGAAAGGAUAUGCUCAGAAGGAGGGGAUUGACUUCAACGAAAUAUUUUCCCCUGUGGUUCGAUUAACAACUGCCCGAGUAGUCUUGGUGAUGUAUGACAUGCUGGUAGCAGGCCCCAACAAAGAUCAUAUUGAAGAACUAAAGGCACAGUUGGCUAGGAAAUUUGAAAUGAAGGACUUGGGACCGUGA